AUGUAAUACAAGAAUGAAAUGGAUGAUCUAUUGAUUUAUCAGCUAGAAUAAUAUAAACUCAAAGAUAUUUUAAAACAAGACUUUGAAGUUUCAUGUAAAGUAAAUAAUACGAUCUAAUAAAUAGUAGAAACAUGCAAAGAAUAAUGUCUUUAACUAUUGGAAAAGAGAAAAAAUGAAUACGAUUAAUAUAUUUAAGAAUAAUAAUAAUAAGAAUUGGUUAAUCAGCCUGGGUAAAUUCCUGCACAGUAUUAAGGAGUUGCAUAAUACGAAGACGAUGAGUCUUAGGAAUUAAAAAAAGCUAUAUAUAACAUUGAUCAUCAUAAGAUGUGGUGCUCCUUUGAUGAAAUUGAUUAGAAUGAGUUGGAAUUUCCUUCAUAUAUGAUUCCUCUAUAUAAAAAACACAAUCAUAUUUUUAGCAUCUGUUGUGUAUUUAUUUUCAUCUAUAAAACUAAUAAGGCUAAGGAUAGUUAUAGGUAGAGAUUGUUUCCUUCUGCCAGCGAUGCUUUUUACUUUAUAGAAUUUUUCGUGAAUAUAAUUCUGUUUGUAGCUUUAUUAAUAUUUGGUGCAAGGAUAAAUGCGAUUGUAUUAGGAUAAAAUGAUGAACAAGAGUAGGAGCUUGUAUAAAUUAACAACUAGAUAGCAAAUGAUGAAGAGGAGUUUUAAAAUAUUCAUAAUUAAAGAGAGCAGCCUUUGCAUCAAAGUGAGGCAUAUGCAAGGAGUUAAAUAAUAAAAAGUUCAAGGUUGCCGAAUAUUAACAAUAUAAACAGUAAAUUUGUAAAUAAUAAUAUCUAAUCUAACUAAUCUGUAAAAAUGUAUGAUGAAAAUUAAAGAGAUAUCAAUCAAAAUAGACACCAUUAUCUGAAUGAUACUCUUAGUAAAUUAAAUGAAACCAAGUAAAUUAAUUAAGAAGAUACUAUUUAUGUAAACUAGAAUGAUAUUGCUUACUCUUAAAUGAAUUUCACAAAUGUGGAUAAACCCGAAGUUACUGAGGCUAACUAAAAAAAUGGGAAUUAGAUAUUUACUUUAAACAAUUAAUUUUUAACUGAAGAAAAUCCUCAUUUGACUAUUUGUAAUAUAGGCGAUAAUAAAAUUAAAAAAUUCCAUAAACCAAAUCAAGUUUAUCCAUUAAAAGAUGAAGAUUAUAAAAAAAAAUAAGAAAUCGAUACAGUCAAAUAGAAUGAUAAAGUAAAUGAAUCUGCAUAUGGAAUGAGCUAUACUAAUUAAGAGACUUAAGAAAAGUCUAUCAGCAGAGUUACCAGCAGCAAAAAUAUAGCUUUAGCAAAUUAAACUAAGACUCUUUAUAAAAAAGAUAUCUCUUAAAAUACACUUACCACAAAAAGUACUUAAAAUAACUUACUUGAUACUACAGCAGACAGAUCACUGAAUCUUACAAGCAAGCAGCUGCUUUAAAUAUCAAAAAUAAAUUAAACUUUUCAGACAAAUAAGAGCAAUUUAAACAAUAUGUUCUUAAAACAUUAAUAUGAUAUGAAUUAUUGGGGGUCUUAAUUUUGUGAAUAUUCACCUGCUAUAAAAACGAGGAGAACUAUUGAUAAGUACAAAAUGGAAAUACCUCCUUCUCUAGAAGACCAUAAAAUGAGUGUAAUUGAAAGUUAGAGACAACUGCAGAUUAAAAAGCAAGAAGAAGAGAGAAUAAAAAGGAUGAAUAUAGCUGAAUAAGAACUUUAAAAUUAGAUUUAAUAGCUUUAGUAAAAUUAAGAUGAAUUAAAAAAGAAAUACGAGUAAGAUUUAGCUAACAAGCUAAGAGAGAAAGAAGAAAAUGAGUAAAAGCUUAAAGAAGAAUUAAAUAGUUUAAUAUUAGAAAGUGAGAGGAAAGAGAGAGAAGCCAAAGAAAGAGAAGAAUAAGAGAGGCUUAGAUAGAUUUAAGAGUAAAAAGAAAGAGAAUAGAAAAAUAAAGAAAUUGAAGAAUAAGAAAAAAAUAAGAAAAUAAGUGAAGCUAGUAGCAAGAAGAAUAUAGCACAGUUAAUUGAUCCUAAUUCAACAAUUUAAGAAGAGGAAGAAUAGAAUAAUAGCAGUCUAAUUAAUAACUCAAGCUAAUAAAAUUAAAAUAAUAAUAUUGAGUAAUCUCCUAGUCUUUAGAGGGAUAACCCCAAUGGUCAAUCGAAAAGUAAGAAAUAAUUUAAAGUUGCUAGCACUUUGAAAAUCAAUCCAUCAAUUAUCGAAGAGGAAGAAGGUUCAGAAAGAGAAUAAAAUUUUAUAGUUUUUGAUGAUGACUAUAAAGACAAAGACACAGAUAGAUAUAUUGACAUAAAUACAUUUGUAAAGUAAGGCAUAGGAGCUCCUAAUAGUGGAUCUUUAUCUUAAUUUCCUUUAAGUGUUUUAAAAGAACCUGACUAUAACAGCUAAGCAGUAAGUAUUGACGAAGAUGAAAAUCACCUCAAUGAAUUAAUCAAACUUUAAGAACUUUCAACAAAAGAAAAAAAUUUAGCCGAAUCGAAGCUAAUUAGCUCUUCAUAAAAGAAUGAAUUAAACGAAAAAGAAAAUAAAUAUUCUGAAAAAAAGAAAAACGAAAGUAUAAAUACAGCAGCAACAACAACAACAACUCAAAGUAAUUCAAAUGCAACGCAAGGUAACAGAAAUUAAAGUUCAAAAGAAGAGUAAGAAAUGAAAUUUGAUAAGUAUGCGACUUUACAAUAAAAGGAUAAUGACAGAUACAAAUCUACGAAAUUUGAAGAAGGAAAUAACACAAUUGAUAUCACAUAAGGAAUUGCUGGUGCUGAUAAUGAUGAUGAUUUAGAUGAUCCAUAAGUCAUUAAAAAAAAUAAUUUCAAUUUAAGCAAGUUAAAUCAAACUGUAAAUAGCUUUUAUGUAUCUAAAUCCAAUACAUAAUCAGAUUUUUUCCAUAAUGUUGGUAGUAAUUCCAAAAAAUAAUAAACUUAGACACUCAAUGAAACAAGAAAGAGUGAAAAUUUGUAAUAAAGUAGACCAAAUACCUCAAAUAAUCAAGUCCCAAUUCUACAAUUAAAUAAUUUUAACAGAGGAGCUAAUAAUAAUAGUAUUAUGCCCAAUCCUACUACAUACUAGUCAAUUGCCAACAAAUAAAAUGCACUUUAAAAUUUAGAUAGUCAUAGAGAAAUUUAAAGAUAAAAUUUAAUCAGAUAAGCUGAAAAUUAUUUAAAUAAUAACAAUAAUUACAGUGGUUCAACCACACCUAUUUAGCAAAAUGAAAAGGGUUCAAGUAGAAUGGAGCUAAUAGGAUAAGAUGAUUAUUAGAAUUCACCUGAUCCAACAUAAAGAGAGUCUAAUCCUUUUAGAAUAUUAUAAGACUAUAGAAUGAGAAUAAUAGGAGUAAAUGAUUUUGAUGAAGACAUAUUGAAAUCAAUUUCUCAUCCAGAAACAUUAUCAAGAGAUUAUUCAAAGAGUGAAUACUAAAAAAUGAAAUAAAUAUUUACAAGAGGACAAUCUAAUUCUAGACUUUAAACACAUCCUUUAAAGCAACAUGGAAAUAACAACGUUUCUCAAUAAAAGCUUGACAGCAAUCAAAAUGUCAUCCUUUGA